AUGUCGUGGCUAUUUGGAAACAGUACGCCUGCGGACGAUGCAAACGCUGCUGCAGGUGGCCAAGGUACAACCAAGCCUAAGGAACUGUCAUUGAAGCAGAGUUUAGGCUUCGAGCCCAACAUCAAUAACAUAAUAUCAGGUCCUGGUGGCAUGCAUGUGGAUACCGCUAGGCUGCAUCCUUUGGCUGGUCUGGACAAGGGUGUAGAAUAUCUGGAUCUGGAAGAAGAACAACUAUCCUCACUAGAAGGGUCACAAGGUCUCAUCCCGUCCCGAGGAUGGACCGAUGAUCUGUGUUACGGUACCGGUGCCGUAUACCUGCUGGGACUUGGUAUCGGAGGGUUUUCUGGGAUGAUGCAAGGUUUGCAGAACAUCCCGCCUAACAGCCCUGGGAAACUGCAACUGAACACCGUACUAAAUCACAUUACUAAGAGAGGACCCUUCUUGGGUAACAACGCGGGGAUCCUCGCGCUGAGCUACAAUAUCGUCAAUUCCACGAUCGACGCAUUGAGAGGUAAGCACGACACUGCAGGCUCCAUUGGUGCUGGAGCCCUCACGGGCGCUUUGUUCAAGUCCUCAAAGGGCUUGAAGCCCAUGGGCUACUCCUCAGCAAUGGUGGCUGCUGCGUGCGCCGUCUGGUGUGGUGUCAAGAAAAGACUACUUGAUAAAUGA